UUAGGGCACGUUCUGAGCGAGGUUCGGAGAGAGCCUAUCGCUGAAGAGAGGAAAAGGGAAUAUAAAUGCUGUGCCUAUGAACAGAUCUGAAAUAAAGAUGAGUUAACUUUUGUACACCUUACUAGCCUGACGUGUUUACUUCUUCUUAAAGAUUGAAACCCAAUUAUAGUUUUAUACAGUGUCUAUUUAGUCCUUUGGUAUCCACCUCGUUAUAAUCCUCUUUGUAGUUAUUACAAUUGGCGACGAGAAAAGUACGAAAAAGUGCAAUUUCGAGACAGUUAUUCACUCAAGUUCAAUUAUUGGAAAAUAUUUCGCCCUACAUUCCCAGAGUUCAGCUUACUCCUUCUGAGAGGCCAUUGCGAGAGUGAGUUCACCGUUCAUCGAUUUCAUCGAUCGCACACACACGACAGCCGAAGUAAUCUCACGUCUCCCGCGGUGCCGGUGGCGCGAAGUGGUGUGCGGCAUACAGCAAUUGAGUAACCUACAGUGUUUACACCAGACAGUGACAGACCACUGUUUAUCACUACUACUACAAAGCGGCAGCCUGUGCAGUGCAGUAUAGUUGCUUGGAUUGUGCUGUGUAGAAAAGUGCAUCCAUUGUUCGUUCGGGCUGGACCGACUUGCCUCAAUAGCAAUGAGAAUAAAUAGAAGAUCAGCUGUUUGCGACGACGACGACCAAGCUGAGUUGGUGCUUUUAUAUUGUGAGAGGUUGACUUUUGCCACGGGUGUUCUCUUGAACGUUAUUUUGGUUGCCGCCGCAGAAUUCUUUGAAGGUGAAGUACUACAGUGUUCAAGAAUGUCGGUGUCUACAACCAUCGAGCCAUACCUGCCAAAUUCAAUUCCAUUCGCGCAAUACGUUGAACAGCUCGAAUAUGUAUUUCUGAAUAACAAUGUCCCGGAAGAACGCUACAAAACAUCAUUUUUAGCCGUGUGUGGCGUUACGAGAGCAGUUUCAGGCGGAUGUCAAAUUCUUAGGAUCUCCAAAAAAGAUCGUUGGUACUAGCACAAAAGGAAGCGGAAAUUUUAAGAGACCGGUAUAUACAGACGAGGAAGACGAAGAGGACUUGCCCUGUAUGAUGAUUUCCUCUAUCAAUCGCAUAAAUGAAGCUUGCCAUGUAAAGGUUUUUGUUGAGAAGAGCGUUUUAAUGAUGGAGAUUGACUGUGGCUCGGCAGAGACCGUUAUUUCUGAAGAACUAUUUUUGAGGAAUUUUGAGCAUAGUAAGCUCUCAUCUUGUAACAAGAAAUUGGCAGUGAUUGACGGCAAGAGAUUAAAAGUUCUUGGGAAAAUUAGCGUCUCGGUUCAGCUGAAAGGCAAAAAGCAGCAGCUUUUCAUGAUUGUGCUUCGAUGUGACAACGAUUUUAUACCAUUGAUGGGCCGCACCUGGUUGGAUUGUUUUUAUGCUGGAUGGCGGGACAUUUUUUCGAAUCCGAGGAUUAAAGACGAAGGCAUUUAUAAGCUCGAAGAAGAAAGCGUGAUCGAAGAGUUGAAAAGUAAGUUUUCAACUGUAUUUGAUGGGGAUUUUUCAACUCCAAUAGUUGGGUAUGAAGGAGAUCUUGUUUUGAAAGAAGAUAAGCCUAUUUUUAGAAAAGCAUAUGGGGUACCGCUAAGACUGCGAGACAAAGUCAAUGAGCAUUUAGAUUCCUUAGAGAGAGACGGGGUAAUUACACAGGUAGAAACCAGCGAAUGGGCCUCACCGGUGGUAAUUGUGAUGAAGAAGGAUCAAAACAUCCGUUUAGUGAUCGAUUGCAAGGUUUCAAUAAACAAGGUCAUAAUUCCAAAUACCUACCCAUUACCUGUUGCACAGGACAUUUUUGCCUCUUUAUCAGGAUCUAAAGUUUUUUGCUCACUUGAUUUAGCUGGUGCUUAUACGCAGCUUUUAUUAUCGCCAGCCUCUAAAAAGUUUAUGGUAAUAAACACAAUUAAGGGUUUAUAUGUUUACAACCGUCUGCCACAAGGAGCAUCAUCAAGUGCAUCCAUUUUUCAAAAAGUUAUGGACCAAGUCCUUCAAGGCCUGGAAAACGUGUCUUGUUAUCUGGACGAUGUUUUGAUUGCGGGAACUGAUUGGGAGGUGUUCCGGCCUUAA